AUGCGAUGCGCGAGCAAGGCCGCCGAGAGCGCGUCUGCACGUAUCUGUGCGGACGCCGAAGCAGAAACUACAGCAACUGAUAUCCCAUCGGUUGCUGAAUCGACUCAGCCUGUAUCACCUGGUGAUGCAGGCGCUGGUCAUGAAGACACUCGUGUCUUCACAGAGUACGAGCUCGGUGUCUCGUACUCUCCUGAUACGGAUGACGGAUCCGUAUCGACGGCAAUUGAAUCCAAGCCGCCUGCCAAGCGUGGCAUGGACGAUGCUUUGCGUCGCAGCAUCUUUGGUUCAUCUGAUGAGUCAGAUGAACCAUCGCCGAAGCGAAGGCGCUCGAGGUCGCGAGACUCGGGCGCUAAUAGUGGUGUCGGUUCUCCUAUGGACACCACUUCACAGCGAGGUGCCAGUACUUCUGUCGGCACGUCGCAGGAAGAGCGGGACCGCAAUGUGUUGCGUCUCGCUCCAGAAAAGAAGGCAUGGAUGCCUCCUAAAUCCGUCAUGGAUCACUUGUCGGCGACGACGAGUGAUCGUUAUCGAACACGAUUGUUCGAUUCGUCAAGGAUCCAUCACCUUGACCCCAGCGCGAAAGACUAUCGCGCUGAACAUGAAGUUCUUCAUCGAUGCUUUCUUCAGACAUCGAUGGUACAGUGGGAAUCACAAACGUGA